GGAGCAGGGGCUACGCCAGGCCUAUUUGCGAUUCAGCCCAGCCUCAGUCUCACUCCAUUGACCGCGUCUUGCGCUAUUUCCAGCCUGUCCGCCUGCUGCUCUUCGGCGGCGCCGCUCCUUCCUUUCCUUUGCGCCGCUCUUUGGCGUCUCUUUGUCUGUCUGUCCUUCCUCCCGCUCGUGGUUUGUUUCCUCGCCGACAGAGUGGCAGAGUGCACCUGCAUGGUCGCUCUCUAACCUACGUCACCCAACCUCCCCCUUUAACGUCGCCAGCUCCGCCCUGGCUGCACCUCCACGCGCCAACCGCUCUCUGGCAACAUCAACCAGCGACUUCGAUUGAAGCGACACGCGCGCGAUCAUGGCGCCGAAAGAGCAGGAGAAGAAGGGCGGUCUGACGCUGGAAAAGCUGGCCUCGUACGACGACGUGAUAACGGAUGCGCUGGUCGACAAGGUCUACUACUGGACUACAAUCCGGAAGAACCGUGGUGGGCGCUUUUCCGCAUCGCGUGGGCUGCAGGAAGAAGAGAUUGCCGACAUGCUCCGCGAGCACAUCAUUCUUGACAGGGACCCCUACGAGGCGGUACAACACCUGUUGCGCUUGCCAGCUUUGCGCAAGUUCCUGGCUAGCCUGAAGGAUGAGAAAGACCAGGAACAGUUCAAGCGGCAUCUGCGGCGCUAUGCCCUCAUCUACAUGCCAGACUCGCCGUUUGAGGUGACCACCACCAACCGAUACACCAUCACUGAGCAUGAAGCGUCUAUUACAGCGCGAAGAGACAUCAAGCCACGCGAGGAGGUUAAGUACUUGACGGGGGUGCAAGUUGCCAUGACCGAAGAGCAGGAGAAGAAUCUGGAGCUGCUGCGCAAGGACUUUAGCCUGGUCAUUUCCAGCAGGAAGAAGACUCGAUCACUCUUUCUGGGCCCGGCGCGCUUCGCCAACCACGACUGCGACCCCAAUGCUAAGCUUUCCACCACGGGCUACGAUGGCAUGCAGAUCGUAGCCGUCAAAGCCAUUGAAUGCGGGGAGGAGAUUACGGUUUCCUACGGCGAAGAUUACUUUGGCGAAGACAACGAGGAGUGUCUGUGCCGGACGUGCGAGACCAGGGGGGUGAAUGGUUGGGCCCCGUUCAAGAGGGUCGAAGACUCGGAUGACGAGGAAGAUGAUGAUGAGAAGCCCGCUGCAAAAGAGCAGACUCCUCAACCAGAUGAAGGGUCCUAUUCUUUCAGAAGGAAGCGCAAAUACGAUUCAACGCAGGAAGACACCUCGCGCGAUUCAACUCCGCCAACCAAGCGCUCCAAAACCGAACCGAAGGGCAAGCUCCUAUCCCCUUCUAAGCGGAGUGUGUCGGGGUCGUUACGAGGAACGGGUCUGAAGAAGCCUUACAGUCCCUCAGCGCUUCGACAAGAACUUCCAAUCUCUAGCAUUGAAUAUCCGACUACAAACCUCGUGCCUUCCUCGCAAGUCCUGCGCGACUUCCGCACCCAGCAGCGAGUCGGCUUGCUCAACGUAACGCUUGACGAGACAUCAUCGUCCCGCGAUACCACCCCCCAGUCAUCCAUGGCAGCCGCCUCGCCGAAAUCCUCACAGUCUACUGACGCCACGUCCGUCGACGAAGAUCACCCUAUGACGGGUACGAAUCCCAAGAUCAAAGUCGAUCCUGAGACCAUCCACGCGAAACCGACUUUAGGUGUUGCCACGAUUAAGGAUGAGAUUACGUCUAUCAUCACCCCGGCAUCCGCGCUAUUUGCUGACGACACCACGUCCGAACUAAGUGAGCUGUCAGAUGGCGAAGACUUUGAUGACGAACUACUGGAGAUCGUGAAGCACAAGCGACCAAAAGCAACCAUCACUCGCCGGACUACGCGGUCGCGGUCGCGGAACGAGGUGCAGAACCGCGUUGGCACUCCUAUCCCCGACUACACCACCGAAGAAGGCUGGGAAGAGAAUGAGCGCAAGCCGGGCGACUACAUGACAUCAAAGUCCGUUCUCUCAGCGAAGGGCAGCAAAUGGAGCGAGUGCCAGACCUGUGAGGAAGAAUUCGUGCAGACAGACGGCUUCCGUGGCACGCGCAAGGAGUGCCCGCGAUGCGAGCGCCACUCCAAGCUUUAUGGGUUUGCCUGGCCCAAGACGGACAAGGAAGGCAAGUAUGAUAAGGAAGAGCGUGUACUUGAUCAUCGGACGAUCCAUCGUUUCGUGGAUCCAGAGGAAGAGAAAGAGCUGAAGAAGGCAGGACAGAAGCGCAAGCUUAGGGAGUCGAUUGUGCAGCGGUUCUCCACACCGCGAUCGGGACGCGAGUCCUCGAUGAGCGUGAGCAUGGACCCGGAGAGUGGGCGCAAGAGGAGGCGGGUAAGGAAGACGAUGUAAACCCUCCGCCAUAAACGACAAGAGGUGGCUUCGGUGGAGUACGGAGCAAUGGCGUACAGCGAACUAAAGCCUUCAACGGCCUUUUGAUCCUUUCUGGCUACGGCAUUGGCGUUUUUGGAGCGAGCGUGGCAUAUGGGGAGCAUAUGGAGGCGCGCUGCAUACCCUCAUAGUAUCUUUUCUGGCAUUAUCCUCUUCUCGGGCGCGAGCAUAUUUUUUCCAACAUCUCCAUGAUUUAGCAACUGUACGAUAGAGCAUGAGGUCUACCGAGCUUUUUGGGCGGGCAUCUUUGAGCCUUUGGGCGCCUUCUUUUUUUUUGCCGCGAAGGAUUUUGUACUAUAGUAGCAUAUGCCGGAUGAUCUGGCUUGUUUUUGGUUAUUUGCCAGAUAAUGCAAGAUUUUCAAGAU